AUGUGUUGAUUUCUAGAAAUCUUUAUCUUCCAAUGUAAUUAUCAAUAACUAUUGGUUCCUACUAAAAUUAUAAAUCAUAAUUAAGCUCCUCUGCUACACCAGUUAUUCACAAUUUCCAUACACUUGUCAAUUGAGUACAUAACAGAGUCUAACACUUGAGUCUCAAAUACAACGAUUACGUUAAUUCAAAGAUAUGAUGCUAUAAGCUACUUGCAAACUUAUGUAGGUAGGUCCCACAGAUUAAAUGCGUAGACAUAAUGUAAUAAAUACUAAAUCAAAGUAGAAAAAUAGUCAUUGAUUUAUGAUUGUUUUGACAUAUUACACACACAUCACACUGUCUAUACCAGAGAUCAUGAGCAAUUAAUAAUUAUUAAAAUAACACCAGACAACUUGUCAACAACCUAAUUGACAAUAUGUUUAAAUUUAUUGUAGUCUUGUGGCUGCUUGCGUCAAACGAUUUGGUGUCAUCCGAAUUUAUUUAUGGAGGUUUAAGUAACUCCUUCGAACCAAAUUGGUGGCAAGCGAAUAUCGUCUAUCAGAUAUACGUGAGAUCAUUCAAAGACAGCGAUGGCGACGGAAUCGGAGAUCUGAACGGUAUAACCGAAAAAGUGUCAUACUUCAAAAGUUUAAAUGUCGGUGCAAUUUGGUUAUCGCCUAUAUUCCUCUCUCCACAAAAUGAUUUCGGUUAUGAUAUAUCCGAUUAUGAAGAGAUCGAUCCUGUUUAUGGCACGAUGGUGGACUUUGAACGAUUAAGAGACGAGUUUCAUAAAAAUGGUAUAAAAGUUUUGUUGGAAUUUGUGCCUAACCAUACAAGUGAUGAACAUGAAUGGUUCCAAAAAUCAAUUAUGAGAAUUGAACCCUUUACCAACUAUUAUGUAUGGAAGGAUCCGAUUAUUGAUAUAAAUGGCAAUAAGACGCCUCCAAGUAACUGGUUAAGUGUAUUCAAUAGCGGAUCUGCUUGGAAAUGGAACCAACAACGAAAUCAGUAUUAUUUACAUCAAUUCCAAGAAAAACAACCAGACUUGAAUUAUAGGAAUCCAUCAGUUAGAGAAGCAAUGAAGAACACGCUUUUGUUUUGGUUGGGACGCGAUGUAGACGGGUUUAAAAUGAAUUCGGUAAAUUUUUUAUUCGAAAGAGAAGAUUUAGCUGACGAACCGAAAUCUAAUAAUAUUGGUUAUUUAGACACUGAUUACUAUUCGUUAAGUCAUACUAGCACGGUCGAUCAGCCAGAGGCGUUUACAAUUGUACACGAAUGGAGACAGUUGUUUGAUAAUUAUAGGACAAGGGAGAAGAAAACCAAAUUUUUUGUGGUGGAAUGUCACUCGCCUUUGGACAAGGUCCUAUUGUACUACGGUAAUAAAACGUCACCCGGCGCUCAUUUCCCUUUCAACUUUUUAUUUAUUGAAACUUUCAACCAACAAUCUGACGCAGCGUCAGUUCAUAAUAUGAUAAAAUACUGGAUGCAGAAUAUGCCUAAUGGAACUUGGCCUAAUUGGGUAUUAGGUAACCACGAUAACCCGAGGGUGGCUACUCGGAGCAAUCCAAUGUUAAUAGACGGACUUCAUAUGAUUCAAAACCUCUUGCCAGGCACUGCCGUGGAGUAUUACGGAGACGAGCUUGGUUUGAUCAACACAAACAUUCGUUGGGAUCAAACUGUCGACCCACCUGGUCUUAACGUGGGACCGCAACGGUAUUUGCAAUUCAGCAGAGAUCCUGUACGAACCCCAUUCCCAUGGGACACCUCAUAUAACGCAGGUUUUUCCAAUUCGUCUAAAUUAUGGCUUCCGAUCAAUCCAGACUAUUGGAAAAAAAAUAUGGCAACAGAAUCAAAAUGCAAAAGUAAUCUGAAGAUUUACAAACAACUGACUCAGUUGAGGAGGAGUCCAACAUUUGUUAAAGGCGAUUUGCAUUUAUACACUUUGUCGAAAUGGGUGUUUGGAUUUUCAAGGAGUUUUUAUGAUCAUCCAACAUACUUUAUCGUGGUUAACUUUGGAAGUGAAAUAGAAACAGUUAAUUUGUUAAAAGCUAGAAAUACUUUACCACUUAAUUUGAUAGUGAAGGUUUCUAGUGUUAAUUCUGGAUAUGUAACUGGAAAUCUAGUAAAUACAGAAUCAUUUUUGUUGAGACCAAAAGCUGCCCUUGUACUCACAACACUACAACAGUAAGGACUUAAGGAUCAAUGAACAUUCAACUGAUACAUAAACCUAACCUAUACACAAUAAUUAAUAAUAUAUCGACCUAUUUUGUCCUUAUUAGAUUACAUCAGUGUUAUAUUUUCAGAAUUGGGACAUUCAAAUUAUGUUUUUAUUUAUUUAGUGAGACACAUAAUAGUGUGUUCACACAUGUAAUACAUAGAUUUAUUUAUAUUUAUCAUGCACUCAUUCUCAGAGAACAAAAAAUGUAUUUUAUGCCAAACCAGUGGUGCUUAGUUAAAUAUUGAUUUAAUUAAUCAAUUUUGUAUGCAUCGUUAAGUUUGUUUUCGAUAUCUUAAUACAAUAAUCAUUAAACACCUGUAUCUAUGUAAAUAUAAUAAAUAGUACCUAUACA